AUGAGUCGAGGGUUUGUGGAAACUGAGCAGUUGAUGAGCGAUUUGGAUUUGCCCAUUCCAACUGCUCAUGUUGCUGGUGUGGUGGGCAAGAAAGCAGCCUUACCAUGUGACACGCAGCCACUAUCCGCUGAUGACGGAGCCGCUAUGGUGCUGUGGUUCAAGGAAGCUGACUGGGAACCUUUAUAUAGUUACGACAUCCGAGGGAGAACUCGAAAUCAACCCAAAUUAUGGUCCUCUCCGACCGGAUUUGGGUCUCGCGCGUACUUCCGCGCAACCGCUCUCCCGGCCAUAUUGCUUCUCGACAACGUCAGUACCGCUGAUACCGGGGUCUACCGCUGCAGAGUCGAUUUUAAGAAUUCACCGACGAGGAAUUUAAGAGUCAACUUUACUGUUAUAACUCCACCCAACCGACCAGUAAUAAUGGACGCCAAGACGAAAGACUACACGAGGUUGCUGGAGCCGUACGAUGAAGGAACUACAUUGGAGUUGGUGUGUGAAGUUCGUGGAGGAGAUCCACGACCAAGUUUGAUAUGGUAUCUAGAAAAUACAUUAAUAGAUGACUCGUACGAAUUGAGAGACGACGGUGUGACGGUCAAUAACCUCACGUUCCCCAGCAUCGGGCGGCAGCAUCUCAACGCGAGGCUCAUCUGUCAAGCGUCAAACACUAACCUGGCCCCGCCGCAGACGAAGCUCCUAAUAUUGGAUAUCAAUCUAAGACCGCUCACAGUCCAGAUUAUGAACAAGAACCGAGUGCUGUCAGCAGAUCUGAGCUACGAAGUAGAGUGCAAAACGACAGGAUCCAGACCACAAGCACAGGUCAAUUGGUGGAAAGGGUUCAAACCUUUAAGAAAGAAAGCUAAGAACUUUUCUGACGCUAAUUCAACAACGAGUAUCCUGACUUUCGUACCUGAAGCGGAAGAUCAUGGCUCUCAGCUGAUCUGCCGAGCUGAAAACUCAAAGGUUGCCAAUUCAGUGAUAGAAGAUGUUUGGCAAUUAAACGUGCACUACGUACCAAUAGCGACGCUCAAAAUGGGUUCGAAUUUGAACCCUAAUCACAUAAAGGAGGGAGAUGAUGUCUACUUUGAAUGCAACGUGCAAUCCAACCCCAAAGUGAAUAGACUUGCUUGGUAUAAAGGUGUAAAAGAGAUUCAACACAACGUGAGUUCAGGAAUCAUACUGAGCGAUCAAAGUCUUGUCCUGCAGAGCGUUAACAGAACAGCUUCAGGCGAUUACAGUUGUCUAGCCCAAAAUAACGAGGGCAGUGCUUCCAGCAACCCCGUAUCUUUACAAGUUCGAUAUGCACCUUCAUGUAAUUUACCUGAAGAUGCGCAAGUAUUUGGUGCCCUGAAAAAGGAAUUAAUAGAACUAAUAUGUAACGUCGAUUCUAACCCUGAACCUUCAAAUUUCGAGUGGGCUAUCAAUAGAUCUGGUGACUUUAGCGAAAUACCUCCAAGCUUGUACACAGUAAAAGGACAAUCCUCAGUACUGAGUUAUACUCCAUCAGAGGACAGAGAUUUUGGUACUAUAACUUGUUUGGCAACUAACUCAGUGGGCAAGCAGGAGAUGCCUUGUGUUUACAAUCUUGUCGCUGCUGGUCGACCAACGUCGUUACAGAACUGUACUGUAAUAGAACAAAGCACAGAUGGUUUACACGUUGAUUGCAUUGAAGGCUUUGACGGCGGACUCCCGCAGGUUUUCAUUCUUGAAGUUCUAGAACUACCGUCAAAGUCUGUCCAAGCGAACUUAACUUCAAACUUCACUCCCAGCUUCGAAGUGCUAGGGCUGGACAGGGGAGUAAGUUAUGUCCUCAAUUUGUAUGCGGCGAAUGCGAAGGGAAGGAGUGAAUUGGUGACCCUAUACACAAUCGCUGUUCGAUCCCCGGAUAAAUAUACAGGUGCCAGCAACCCCUUCAACCUGUCUCCAAUGACCGCGUCACUUGUAGCGAUGUUGGCGCUUCUCAGCGCUGUAGUGUGCGCUAUAGUCAUAGCGGUGUACCGUUGUCACUUCAACAGGCGACACGUGAAACAACCUCCGUCCACGAAUGCGCUAUAUACUGAUGAUAGUGUAGAAUCAUUUGCUAAAAAAGAUCUACCAACGUAUACAGCUUCACCAAAAGUUGAUUACAGUAGCCAAUACGAACUGAAAAUGGACGCUGAAAUGGAUGAAGACCCUGAUAUAAUACCUGUCCAAUUUGAUAAGAAACCAAUAGAUGAAUAUAGCAAGCUUGGAAGUGAAGACGUUAACAAAAAAGUUUACAGUGAACCUGUUAUUGUAACAAAAAAUGGUGACGUGGACAGGGACGACAGGCUGCGCAGGAUCUACGUGGAGAAAAGGAAGAUCCUGCAGCAGGCCAUAUGCCGAGCCAAGGAGGAGGCCUGGCUGGAGUUAAUUGGGGGUCUAGAGAGAGACCCCUGGGGCCGACCGUAUAAUUGGGCGCGGAACAAGCUCCGCGCCCAGUCGGCCCCCAUCAGCGAAACGCUCCAGCCGGAGCAACUGGGAAGGAUCGUCGGGGAACUCUUUCCCGACGAACCCGAGGGUUUCAUGCCCCCCAGGAUGGCUCGGCAGACGCCGGACGAGGAGGAGAGUGUUCCGCCACCCGUCACAGUGGCUGAAAUGGAGGCAGCUCUGUCCCGCCUUCAGAGUAAGAAGAGGGCGCCGGGUCCAGACGGGGUGCACGGGAGAGUACUUGGGAUCGCUCUCGGGCACCUCGGCGAUAGCCUCCGGGAACUGUUUGACCGCUGCCUGCGGUCUGGCCAGUUCCCGGGGGCCUGGAAGGAGGGUCAGCUUUGCCUACUUCCUAAGGCAGGGCGGACCCCGGACUCGGCUUCGUCGAUGCGACCGGUGGUGUUGCUGAACGAAGCUGGGAAACUAUUGGAGAGAAUAGUGGCUUCCCGGCUCGUUCAGCACCUGGAGGAGGGCUCGGGACCCGGACUCUCAGAAUCCCAAUUCGGGUUUCGAGCGCUCCGGUCGACCAUCGACGCCCUCAAACGCCUACGGGCGGUGACGGGUGAAGCGGAACACAAGAGGGAGGUGGUGCUCGCGGUGUCGUUGGACAUCGCGAACGCCUUCAACAGCCUCCCGCAUGCAGUGAUUCGGGAGGCACUGAAAUUUUUCGGAGUACCCCCGUAUCUAGGGAGGCUGCUGGAGGGGUACCUCUCCGAUCGCAAAACGGACGAAGUAACCGGUGACUUAUGA